GAGGGGCGCCCGGCCGGCUGCGGUCCGUGCGGAGGCUGAGCCGGCCGCGGGCGCGACUGGAGGCAGUUUCUGUUACUAUGGCAAUGACGGCAGGGACUACAACAACCUUUCCUAUGAGCAACCAUACCCGGGAAAGAGUGACUGUAGCCAAGCUCACAUUGGAAAAUUUUUACAGCAAUCUAAUUUUACAGCAUGAAGAAAGAGAAACCAGGCAGAAGAAAUUAGAAGUGGCCAUGGAAGAAGAAGGAUUAGCAGAUGAAGAGAAAAAAUUACGCCGAUCACAACAUGCUCGCAAGGAAACGGAGUUUUUACGGCUCAAGAGGACCAGGCUUGGCUUGGAUGACUUUGAGUCUCUGAAAGUUAUAGGAAGAGGAGCUUUUGGAGAGGUACGGCUGGUCCAAAAAAAAGAUACAGGACAUAUCUAUGCAAUGAAGAUAUUGAGAAAGGCUGAUAUGCUUGAAAAAGAACAGGUGGCACAUAUCCGAGCAGAAAGAGAUAUUUUGGUGGAAGCAGAUGGUGCCUGGGUGGUGAAGAUGUUUUACAGUUUUCAGGAUAAGAGGAACCUUUAUCUCAUCAUGGAAUUUCUUCCUGGAGGUGACAUGAUGACAUUGUUAAUGAAGAAGGAUACCUUGACAGAAGAGGAAACACAGUUCUACAUUUCAGAGACUGUUCUGGCAAUAGAUGCAAUCCACCAGUUGGGCUUCAUCCAUCGGGAUAUCAAGCCAGACAACCUUUUAUUGGAUGCCAAGGGACAUGUAAAAUUAUCUGAUUUUGGUUUAUGCACGGGGUUAAAGAAAGCUCACAGGACUGAAUUCUACAGAAAUCUUACACACAACCCACCAAGUGACUUCUCAUUUCAGAACAUGAACUCAAAGAGGAAAGCGGAAACAUGGAAGAAAAACAGGAGACAACUGGCAUAUUCCACAGUUGGGACACCAGAUUACAUUGCUCCAGAAGUCUUCAUGCAGACUGGUUACAACAAGUUGUGUGACUGGUGGUCUUUGGGAGUGAUUAUGUAUGAAAUGUUAAUAGGCUAUCCACCUUUCUGCUCCGAAACGCCUCAAGAAACAUACAGAAAAGUGAUGAAUUGGAAAGAAACUCUAGUAUUUCCUCCAGAAGUACCUAUCUCUGAGAAAGCCAAGGAUUUAAUUCUCAGAUUUUGUACUGAUUCUGAAAAUAGAAUUGGGAAUAGUGGAGUAGAAGAAAUAAAAAGUCACCCCUUUUUUGAAGGCGUAGACUGGGGGCAUAUAAGGGAAAGGCCAGCAGCAAUCCCUAUAGAAAUCAAGAGCAUUGAUGACACUUCAAAUUUUGAUGACUUCCCUGAAUCUGAUAUCUUACAACCAGUGCCAAAUACCACAGAACCAGACUAUAAAUCCAAAGACUGGGUCUUUCUCAAUUAUACCUACAAAAGGUUUGAAGGGUUGACUCAGCGUGGCUCUAUCCCCACCUACAUGAAAGCUGGGAAAUUAUGAAUGAAGAUCACAGUCACCCAUAACCAAGAGAACUCAGGUAGCUGCAUCACCAGGCUUGCUUGGCAUAGGUAACAAGACACUGAAAUACCCUGAAGACGGUGGUGCUUAUUGACUACAAGAGGAAAUUCUACAGGAUUAGGAUUUCUAAGACUACUACAGGAAUUGGUUGGCAGUGCCAGCUGGCUUUUUUUUUUUUUAAUAUUUUAUUGAUUUUGUUAACUUUAUUAUACGAAGGUACUGGAAUAAAAGGAACGUACAUCCCUUUCUAACUGCA